UUAGAAGCGGGACGCGUGAAGAGGAAGACGACGCAUGCCUGCCGAGCGCGAGCACAAUUUGGCGGUUUGCCACCAGGGGUUCGAGCACCAGCGGGAGGGAGCGGCCGCCGUCAUGAGCCAGAAGGUCCCACCGCUGCCGCCGGACCCCCGCGAGGACGGGUACGACUACAGGCUCGACGUGUCCAUCGGAGAUAAGAAGGACGACCGCUUCUGGGGCGAGGAGAUCGUCAAACCCAGCCGGAAACUAUCUUUUGAGCGUGACAUCCGUGUGCAGGAGUUCGAAAAAGAGCGCAGCUCGUGCGAGGUGCGCAAGCUUGUGCGCUCGCCUGAAACAAAGGCGCGUGCCACCGAACCAUCGCUCGAAAGCAGUGGUUCGGUGUCGCAGAAGAGUCGGAGAAGCCGCCACAAGAAAAGAAAGAAGCGAAAGUCUAAAAAGAAGAAAAAGAAAAAAAAGAAGAAAAAGCGGAGCAGAGAUGAGAGCAGCACAACGGCGACAACCGGGGAGACGACAGAGUCUCGGGAGGACCAGUCCUUGGGCGCUUCGUUGUCGCAACUGGUAUCUUCAGCCGCAGCAAACAUCUUCACAGCUGCAGCGCCAGCGAGCCCACCUAUGGACGAGCGAGCCAUGGAUGCAGCUGUCAUUGAACCUGCGGGUGUGGUGCAGCCGACAGAUGUGACCGCAACAGAGCCGUUGCCACGAAAGAGGAAGCGGGACAAGCAGCGCCGGUCCUCACGCGAAGACGACUCGGCCGCUAUCUGCAUGCCGGCCAGCGGCGGUGAAGCGAUGGGUUACACCGACAUGUACAGCCAGCGGUGGACACCGGACACAAUAGACUGGCAAGGAGACUACCGACAGCCGCGAUACCUUACACAGGGCACAUACGACCAGCGAGCAAACGACAGUGCUGCCUACGCGACCACUGUGGAGCCGUACCAGCACGCACUAGACAUUCAACGGUUGGAAGCCGGGCACUUGAAUCGCCUUUACCAACAAAUGCAGCAACUGCGCGGUCAGCUCGAUAUGGCUAGACAGCAGAUUCAAGGUACUGCCACCACACCAACACAAUUCAACGCUGCCGAGUUACAGAAGGAACAAGAGGCUUGCGAGAAGUGUCAGCAGGCGGAGAGAGCUUACGAAAAGCAGCAGGCUGAGCAGUUGAGAAAAAUGAGAGACGCCACUGAUGACCAGAAACAAGCGGCUCGCGAUAGGUGUCGCGAGAUGGAGAGAGCUUACGAAAAGCAGCAAGCUGACCAGAUGAUUCGCGAGGAGUGUCGUGAGAUGGAGAGAGCUUACGAAAAGCAGCAGGCUGAGCAGCUGAGAAAAAUGAGAGGCACCACUGAUGACCAAAAAGAACAAGCGGCUUGCGAUAGGUGUCGGCAGAUGGAGAGAGCUUACGAAAAGCAGCAAGCUGACCAGAUGACUCGCGAGGAGUGUCGCGAGAUGGAGAGAGCUUACGAAAAGCAGCAGGUUGAGCAGUUGAGAAAAAUGAGAGAAGCCACUGAUGACCAGAAAGCGCAAGACGCCCGCCAGAGGUGUCGCGAGAUGCAGAAAGCUUACGAAAAGCAGCAGGCUGACCUGUUGAGCAAAAUGAGAGGUGCCAGUGAUGAUGAGAAAGCACAAGACGCUCGCCAGACGUGUCGCGACCUGGAGAGAGCUUACGAAAAGCAGCAGGCUGACCAGCUGAAAAAAAUGAGAGAUGCCACUGAUGACGAGACAGCACAAGACGCUCGCCAGAGGUGUCGCGAGAUGCAGAAAGCUUACGAAAAGCAGCAGGCUGACCUGUUGAGCAAAAUGAGAGAUGCCACUGAUGACGAGACAGCACAAGACGCUCGCCAGAGGUGUCGCGAGAUGGAGAGAACUUACGAAAAGCAGCAAGCCGGGCUUCUGAGACAAACGGGAAAUGUCACUAAUGACGAGACAGCGCAAGACGCCCGCCAGAGGUGUCGCGAGAUGGAGAGAACUUACGAAAAGCAGCAAGCCGGGCUUCUGAGACAAACGGGAAAUGUCACUAAUGACGAGACAACGCAAGACGCUCGCCAGAGGUGUCGCGAGAUGGAGAGAACUUACGAAAAGCAGCAAGCCGGGCUUCUGAGACAAACGGGAAAUGUCACUAAUGACGAGACAGCGCAAGACGCUCGCCAGAGGUGUCGCGAGAUGGAGAGAACUUACGAAAAGCAGCAAGCCGGGCUUCUGAGACAAACGGGAAAUGUCACUAAUGACGAGACAACGCAAGACGCUCGCCAGAGGUGUCGCGAGAUGGAGAGAACUUACGAAAAGCAGCAAGCCGGGCUUCUGAGACAAACGGGAAAUGUCACUAAUGACGAGACAGCGCAAGACGCUCGCCAGAGGUGUCGCGAGAUGGAGAGAACUUACGAAAAGCAGCAAGGCCGGGCUUCUGAGACAAACGGGAAAUGUCACUAA